AUGGUCCAAAGGUUGUUGGUGUUCGUAAACUGGAAUCGAGACGGGGACCACCUACUUUGGAAGAAGGGAGAGAAAGGUGGCGUGUACUUGUGGCUAUGGCGAGCCCAAGCGUUUAAUUUCAGCCUGCCUAGACUUGUGGACGAAAAUUCGGCUGCACCUCCGCGCUACAGCCUUCGUUUGGAUUGCAACUGGGGAGCGAAUUUGUUUGAUUUGCUUGCUCUCUACUACAAAAUGCAUCCCCAGCUUUCUGGAUUGGAGAGAUUCCCCAUACUUUUCUCCACAGGACUGGAUGAAAUCGCGUCGGUUUAUGGGAGAUCGAGGAUUGACAGAUUUGCUGUUCCGUUAGCCCCAGAGUUUGCGACAACCGUUGUGGUGCUGUUUUUGAGCCCUGAAGUUGGAGCUCAAGAUUAUGGAUCAUGGCAAGAUGCUCACGCAACGUUUUAUGGAGGAAGUGAUGCCUCUGGAACCAUGGGAGGAGCUUGUGGAUAUGGGAACCUCUACCUCCAAGGCUAUGGAGUAAGCACAGCAGCACUGAGCACUGCCCUGUUCAAUGAAGGCUGGUCGUGCGGCUCUUGCUUCGAAUUGAAAUGCAAUGCCGAGGCCGACCCGGAAUGGUGCUUGCCCGGCAACCCAUCCAUCGUGGUCACGGCCACAAACUUUUGCCCUCCAAACUUUGCUCUCCCAAGCGACAACGGAGGCUGGUGUAAUCCCCCGCGCGAGCACUUUGAUCUCUCACAGCCUGCAUUUGAGCUGAUUGCCAAGUACAGAGGUGGCAUUGUUCCUGUUCAGUACAGAAGGGUACCUUGUGAAAGGGAAGGAGGCAUUCAUUUCUCUAUCAAUGGCCAUGCCUAUUUCAUGCUGGUGCUGGUGUGGAAUGUGGGUGGAGCCGGGGAUGUCCACGCUGUGGCUGUCAUGGGAUCGAGAACCAGGAGGUGGCAGCCUUUGGUGAGAAACUGGGGGCAGAAUUGGCAAUCGCCAGAUGUUCUUCUUGGCCAGUCCCUCUCUUUCAUGGUAACCACGAGCAACGGUGACACUGUUACCGAUUAUGAUGUUGCGCCUCAAGAUUGGAAGUUUGGGCAAACGUUUGUAGGAAACAAAAAUUGA